AUGGAUUUUGCAUCAAGUGAAAUUUUAUUUUUUAAAAUAAUUAGAAAUACAUAUCUUUUUAAAAAAAUUUUAAAUCAUUUAAAUACAACUAAUAAAUAUUAUAAAUACUAUAAUGAUAAUAAUAAUAAUAAUAAUAAUAAUAAUAAUAAUAAUAAUAAUAAUAAUAAUAAUAAUAUCCAAGAAUCAAUUAAAGAAAUUAAUUUACUUAAAGUUAGAAAAUAUGAAAAUAUAAUUUCAGUUGAUUGGAUGAUUCAAAACAAAUAUUUUUAUUUAUUAAAAUGGAAAUUAAAUGACAAUAAUUCAAAUCUUAAAUUUCCCAAUAAAAUGGUAGAGAAAUUUUGUAUGAAUUUUUCAGAUUCAUUCCCAUUGGAAUUAUUUAAAGAUAUCUAUUCAAAGAUUGGUUAUUAUUUUAUUGACGAUAGAGAUACCACUCUAUUUCAUUUUUUACUUAUAAACAGACUUGAUAUAAUCAAAUUCUUAAUAAUUGAUCAAAGUGAACAUUUUAAAAUAAAUUUAAAUCUUUCAAUUGUAAGAAAUUUGGAUACUUUUAAAUUCCUUUUUAAUAUUAUAGAAACUAAAGAAAAGGAAGGAUGUAAUGAAAGUAAAGAAAUGAAAUUAAAAUAUCUUAAAAAUUUCUUACCAACCAUAUCAUCACAAAUUGAAUACUCUAAAGAAUUUAUAGAGUAUGCAUUGAAAAUUUAUAAAAGUUUUAUGGAUGAAAAUGGUGUUAAUAAUACAAUGUAUUUAGGUGAUUCUGUUUUUAAUAUAAUUAUUAAUUUUGGAGAUUAUAGAAUAUUCUUGGAAUAUUUAGUACCAAUUGGAUAUUAUUUUUCAGAAUUAUUUAGUAAAUUAUUUUAUAAUAUUUUAUAUAAAUUAAAACAGAAUCGUUUAAAUUCAAUUUCAAUGGAUCAUUUAUUAAUAUUAGAAUAUAUUAGAAUCCAAAUAAUACCUGAACAAUCAUUAUUAUCAUCAUCAGAAGAAGAAGAAGAAGAAAAAGAUUAUAUUUAUAUAGAUACUAAAAUAACAAAUACUAAACAAUUUUUUAUUGAACCAACUUUUAAAGAAUUUGAAAAACUUUACAAUAAACAAAAUUAUUCAAAUACAUUAGAAUCUGAAUUAUUAGAUGAAAAUAAACAACCAAUUCAAUUGAUGAAAAUAAAAGAAUUAUCUUUAGAUAAAAAGAAAUUAUUUCAAUUUUUUAUAAAUUAUUUUAAAGAAUCAAUAAUAUCAAAUUUUAAACAAACAAUUAUAAUUACUGGUGGUAAAAAUGUUUCUCAACAAUUAUCUCUAUUAAAUGCUUUGAAAAGUUAUUUACAAAUGGCAAUCGAUUUAGAAGAUUUACAAUCUUUAAAAUUUUUAAUAGCUUUAUUUGAUACCAAUAGAUUAUCUCUUCAUUAUAACCUAUAUAGUGAAUGUUUAGAAUAUAUUUUUAAUAGUGGAAAUAAUACUAUUGAUUUUUUUUGUAAUUUUUCAAAAGAGGCAGAAGAUAUUCUAUCAUUUUUACUUGAAAACCAUCAACUGGAAAAAUCAUAUAUAUCUUCAAUUAUUAAAAACUCUAGCAUUAAACCCCUUCAAUAUCUAUACUCAUCUGAAUAUAACUCUAGAUUGAUUCAAGUGUAUCCUGAAUUACUUUUUGAUGCAAUUAAAAUUUCAACCAGUAUAUCAUUUAUCAAAUAUUUAUAUUAUUAUAAUUUAAAAUUUAAUAAUAUUCAAUAUUCAAGUGAAACUACAGAGGUUUUGAAUGUUAAUUGUCGUGCUGAUAAUCAUGACCUUUUUGAAAUUAUUAAAUUUGUAAAUGAAAAUAUAAUAAAACUACAACCAUUAAAAAUUCAAUUCGAUGCAUUAUUAAUAAAUAAAAUUGUUAAUCAUAAAGAUGGUUUGAAAAUAUGUAAAUAUUUAUUAGGUGGUGAAGAGAAUGCUCUUGGUAAACAAUAUCUUUUAACAAAUAUUUCAAUUUUGGUUCCUACAAUUUCAAAUAAUUCAAAAUUGGAUAUGCUAGAGUAUAUAUUAUCUAUUUACUGGACCAUUUAUAAAGAUAUCGACUCAACACUUAAAACAGAAUGCUUUUUAAUUGAAAAAUAUUGGAAUACAGCCGAAAAUGAUGAUGUCAUCAGAUACCUUUUUUCAAAGAAUCCUGAAAAAAUUCCAUACAUUCAUUAUGAAUCUAUGAUUAGUUCAAAUAAUGUUAAUCUUUAUAAACUAUCAACUCAAUAUAGACAUUUACCUUCAAAACAAGCUGUUUGGUCAUCAAUAUCAAUUGGUCAUUUAAAUAUGAGCCUUUUCUUAAUAAAUGAUUAUAUUGAUCGAAAUAAUUUGAAAACUAAUGAAACAAUAAUAUUUCUAUUUACUUGUAUUGAAAAUGCAAUUACAUCAAGACUAUUAAAACUAACUAAAAUCCUCCUAUCAAUGAUUCAUGAUAAAUUAGAAAAAGAAUCACCUCCAUUAACCCUAUCAGAAACUCAAAUUAAUUCAUUAAUAGCUAAUUCUGUUAACUCUCAAGAUUUUGAAAUUUUUAAAUUUAUUAUUGACACAUAUAAUUUAGAUAAUUCAGAUAUUAAAAAAUUAAUUCUUUUUAAAUUAACAAAAUCAAUGAAUAAUUAUUUAGAAAAAAAAAAAAAAAUUGAAAAAUAA